GUGCUCAGCCAGAUCCUGCAAUCAGGCCGCGUGUCCAGCUCGAGCCUGAACACUGCCGAUGACACCAGCCAUGAGCCCGCAGUUCAAGCUGCUGGUGUUCUUCGUGCUGGACUCGGGCGAGGUGGUGAGCGACGCGGUUAUCCUCAAGGUGGAGCAGUGCUUCAACAACCAGGUGGACGUCAGCUGGGACAAGGAGACGGCCCGGCCCGGGGAGUCCGCCUCUUUCACCGUCAGCGCCUCGCCCGACUCCGUGUGUGGCGUCAGUGUCGUGGAUCGGAGCACAGAGCUGCUGGGCACCGGUAACCAGAUCACCGUGGAUGGCGUGUUUAGCCGCCUGAAAAAGUUCAUCUCAAAACAAUCUGACGGCCCAGCGCAGGUGACCACGAGGGACUACUGCCUAAGGCAGCAGAGGAGCCUGGUUCGCACCCUGCAACGGAGCGGUGCCUCGAAUGAAGAGCAGGGACCGGACGCCAUGCGGCCCUCCCCACAGCCGGGCGGCAUCAGGUUCUCAAGCCCGGACCGACCCCGCGAUGCAGGCCACUUCAGAACUGACCGGUUCGACGCGCUCAAGACGUUCGACGAGACGGGCUUUUUGGUGAUGACCAACCUGGCGCUGGAGACGAGACCCUGCUACAAACGCGUACCUGCCAAACAGAUACCGAAGCCGAUUCGAACGCAGGCAGGAGUGGCCUAUGCAGUCGGCGGUGGUGGAAGAGGAAGUGGUGGAGGAGGACGUGAUGGGCAACCGUCACGCGCGCCGGGAGGCGGAUCAGCCUCGAUCGGGGAGCAGGUCCGCGAGUUCUUGCCGGAGGCCUUUCUCUUCUUCCUCCAGACGAUCGGCCCGGAGGGCACCACAGUGCUGACCCAAGAAAUGCCCGACACUAUCACAUCGUGGGUCGGUUCCGCCAUCUGCUCCCAUCCUCAGGACGGGUUCGGUGUAUCCAACAAGACAAACAUCAAGACCUUCAAGCCAUUCUUCACGGAGGUCACGUUGCCGUACUCCGUAAAGCGUGGAGAGAUCCUUAACAUGGCAUCCACCGUGUUCAACUUCCUCGACUCCAGUCUGUCGGUGUACCUAGAGCUGGUGGCGUCGGACGAUUACUCACUGGCGGACGAAGACUCGCCCGCGAGCAUUGACCUCUGUGUGCCGGCGGGCCGCUCCGAGGUCAGCCACUUCCCGCUGACCUUCACCUCUCUGGGCGAGGUCAACAUCACCGUCACGGCCAGACUCCGAGACGGCAACUGUGACCAGCCGAACACCGUCGGCCCCGGCAGUGAUACAAUCAUUCGUCCGCUAGUGGUCAAGCCCGAGGGAUUUCCGCAAGAGGAGACGACGUCACGGUUCGUGUGCCUGGACGAAGGAGCCGAGCCUCACGUGGAGCAGAUUUCGAUGGUGGCUCCUGAAGGCCUGGUGCCGGACUCUGAACGGGCCUAUUUCUCCGUGGUGGGGGAUCUGCUCGGACCUUCGUACGACAACCUGGCCCACCUGGUGGACAUCCCAUUCAGUGGAGGAGAGACCAACAUGCUGGCCUUCGUGCCGUACAUCCACAUGAGGGCGUACCUGGAGCACACCGGACUGUUGACGUCCGAGGAACGGGACCGGACCACCAUCGGCAUGAGACAAGGAUAUCAGGCCCAGCUGCGGUACGGGAAUAAAGAGGCCUCUUACUCCUCGUUCGGUCGGGACGACGAGGAAGCCUCGCUGUGGCUCACCGCCUUCGUCGUCAAGUCUUUCAAGGAGGCGUCCAAGUACAUUGAUAUCAGCCAGUCGCUGAUCACGCGGAACGAGAAAUGGCUGGUGCGGAAGCAGCAAGAUGACGGCUGCUUCCCUCUACUUGGCAGCGUCAUUCACAAGGAGCUCAAGGGCGGCACGGAGCGGGGCGGUCCGGCCGCCCUGACGGCGUUCGUCAUGCUCGCCCUCGGGGCGGACAACAACAGCAGCCUGGAGAAAGGCUUCACCUGCCUGGAGCAGGGCAUCAGUCAGACCAACAAGACACUGUACGCCGAGGUGCUGAUAGCCUACACACACGUGGCGCUGGGCCGGGAACAGCGCGGCCAACAGCUGAUCUCCGCUCUGAUGCAGAAGGCCAAGACGGACGGACCGGACGCCCUCUUCUGGGAAGGCGAUCGCCGCUCCAUCUACGGCGGCAGUCGGGCGGUGGACAUUGAGAUGACGGCGUACAUGGUGCUCUCCCUGGUCCAGCUCUCGGGUCAGGAGAACAUGGAGCAGGCGGCGCGGGCCGUCAAGUGGAUCAACAGACAGCGCAACAGUCUGGGCGGCUUCAUCUCCACACAGGAUACGAUCGUGGGGCUACAGGCACUAACGGAGUUUGCCAAACGUACUUUCUCCUCGGAAUUGUCCACUCGCGUGACAGUCAGUGCUGGUGGAACUCCUUCCACACUCGUGGUGGACUCUUCCAACCGACUUCUGCUGCAACAAGAAAAAGUGGCCGAUUUUGAGCUGCCAGCUGAGGUCACCUUUACCAUCAGCCCGGCAGGCUGCGUCAUCUACCGCACCAGCUUCCGCUACUCCAGCCGCGCUCGAGUGCCGAAGCCGGCCUUCUCGUUGGCGAUGACUUCUGAGGUUCGUCCCAGCCGUUCUCCAGGCAGUUCGUAUAACCUGGAGGUGUGCUUCGCCUACAUCGGGGACUCUGGCGGAUCAGAUCGUGUCGUGCUGGAGGUGGAAAUGCCCUCGGGCUACAUCGCCGUCAGCAGCACACUGAGAAGUCUCCGAAACAGCGGCGCGGUACGCAAGUACAAAUUCAGCAAGGGUAAGGUGACCUUCACGCUGUCCAAUGUCACCGAGGAGAAGGUCUGCCUCAAGUUCCGCAUCAUCCGAGAAAACGAGGUGGAUGGCCUGAAGCCGUCGUUGGUGCGGGUCUACGACCUCUUCAGGCCUGAGGACCGUAAUAUUCUGGAGUAUGAGCUCUCGCCCGCAUCUGCUCUCGCCGCUUGAAACUUAAGUUGAAGCCUUCCGCCUCAUGCCUUACGGAUCAUAUUACAUCAUGAGUUUCGUCUUACUGAUCGUGGUUGGCAGACACGUGACGCAACGUGGCACAAGUGCCACACACCACCACUGCAGGCAUAGCAUGGCGAUAGGACGCAGGCGUUUUAUGGCCUGAUCGCAGACGUUUAAGGUCAGCCAGCGUUUUUUUUUGCCGUUUUCUUUUUUAAACAUCCGAGGUCAACAUUUUAGAUCGGUAUGCGCCAGGUCAGUUUCAAUCAAGGAUCAUAGAACAUGGUUGCUGUGGAAUAUGUUAGCAGGUAAACCGAUUUCGCAGACAAAUUGCACAGGUCAAAACAGUGUUUGUGCGAUCAACGUAAAGGGUUUGCGAUACGGGCAGCUGAGACAAGGUGGUUGGCGCUUGUCUGUAUGUGAGAAGGCUUUAAAAACACAUUCCGUGAAAAUAUUUUGUUUUG